AUGCCUAAUAAUACAUUGCAGCAGCACACCAAGAAUGUCUUCCAUACUUAUAUGUUGUCACAUAGGAAGAUGUUCCCAGUGUACAUCUGGAUGUGUUGUGGAGUCGGCAUAAGAGCACUCUUUGAGGAGAAGAUAUGGAUUCAUAAUCCUACAAAUCCCUUAUACAUGGAAACACAAGCUCAAAAAUCACUGAUAAUAGAGAAAGUUUUGAGAAAACCAAGUAGUAUUCAGUUUGAGAAGAUGAAACUACUUGUAGGAUUACUUGUUCUUCAGUUAUGUAUUGCGGGAUUUCACAUUGUUUCCAGAGUUGCACUCGACAUGGGGGUCAGCAAAAUUGUUUACACUGUCUACAGAAACAUCAUUGCAGUGAUGUUGUUGGGACCUUUUGCUUAUUUCUUCGAAAAGGAAGAAAGGCCACCUCUUACUUUCUCUUUGUUGGUUCAAUUAUUUCUUCUUGCAUUAUUUGGGGUCACUGCUAAUCAAGGGUUUUACCUCCUUGGUUUAUACUAUACAUCUCCAACUUUUACAUCAGCAAUGCAAAAUUCAGUGCCAGCAAUUACUUUUGCCCUGGCUUCAGCUCUGAGGAUUGAGCCAAUUAAUGUCUUAAGGAAAGAUGGGUUGGCAAAAGUGAUAGGAACCAUUUUGAGUGUAGGAGGUGCGACCAUUAUUACACUCUACAAAGGCCCUCCUCUGUUGAACCUCUCACAGCAACCACUGGUGGGAAGCUCUGUAGAAAGCAUAUUUCUCUAUUCAACUGGAGUAAAAAACUGGACAUUGGGUUGUAUUUACUUAAUCGGGCACUGCUUAUCAUGGUCUGCUUGGAUUUUACUUCAGGCUUCAGUGGUAAGGAAGUAUCCAGCUAAGCUUUCUAUCACUACCUUUACAUGUCUAUUCGGGCUAUUACAAUUCUUGGUAAUAGCAGCCUUUGCAGAAACAGAUGGAGAACACUGGAAAAUCCACUUUGGAGAGGAGCUUUUAACCGUCCUGUAUGCUGGUGUUGUAGCAACUGCAGUUGUGUAUGCUCUUCAGAUGUGGUGUAUUGACAAAGGAGGCCCAAUUUUUGUUGCUGUCUUCCAACCAGUUUCCACGGUUUUAGUUGCAAUUAUGGCAUGUCUGAUACUUGGUGAUCAGUUAUAUACAGGAGGGAUUAUUGGGGUAAUCCUCAUCAUAAUUGGACUUUACUCGGUUCUUUGGGGGAGAAAUGAAGAGAAGAAAUUCAAAGACCAAGGGAACGAAGAGAUUUUAACAAGACAUCUCAUGAAUGAGAAAAAUGCACGCAAGGAAAGUGAAGUGGUAUCAAACAUUCCGUGA